AUCAGAAUGAGGCUUCCGGUUAUAUCGUCUGGAACUGAAGAUGGUAAAGUUAAAUUUUCAAAGGUCCACAGUAUUCUAGCCCUCAGGCUGUCCAUUAUCGUUCUUACUUCGUGCUAUGCUCGCUCAAUCGUUUUCCUGACACGUUGAAGCUAUCAUAUUGGUGAAAUGAGCGCUCAGGAAACCCGAAAUCAACAACUAUGGAAGAUCCGACGGACUACACUUGCAUUUGGUGUUGUUCAAAUCCUUCUGGGUCUUUCACUAACUACGCUAUCGUUCACAGCCUUCGUAUUUACGUCUUCGGAAAGAAUCCGAAAUGCCUGUCCAUACUGGGCUGGCUUUACGGUAAGUUAUUUUAUUUUUCCUUUGACUGUGUUUUCAAAUCUGCGUGUAGUGAUUACUAGUUGGCGUGAUUUUAAACGACAAAGUUGUCGGGUUUGUGCUAUUUUUCAAUAGGUGUUUUGCAGCGGUGGUGUUGGGAUCAUUGCCUGGAAAUAUUCAUCUGUUAUGUCGGUGAGUUUACCACGAGUUUAGCAGUUCUCGCAAUCAUUUCACACUUAUAUUCUGAACACCAAUUAAUAGAUAGUCAUUCCGUGUCAGAAGUUUAGUCAGUCGUGCAAAACACGGACAGCAUACAAAAUUCUGUUGGCAAAUGUUAAAUGUUAAGGUUACUCAAAAUUUCAGCUUAUAUUUUCGAUUGAAUUUUACAGCGUAUAAGUUUCGUCAGGGAACCUUAGUAAGCUUAUUAUAUUUUCGUUUUACCGUGUGGUUGCAGCUAUUCUGCGAUGUGAUCUGUCGAAAAUCGAAAUUUUCAUCUUACCCGAGGGAACUGUUGUUAAUACUGACACGAAGAGACGACAAAAUUUUAUAAGCUUAAAUGUGACCAUUGCCUGUCAUUUUCAUGCAAAGUCACAUAUAUAUCUUUUUGUCUAAAGUCAUGAAACACCUAGUCAUUGGCUUGUACUGUGCCGCAUGUUUUUGACCAUGUUCCAAAAUUUGAAAAAAGAAUAAAAUGCUUUCUAGACAUAACGUGUCAGCGUGAGACGUAGGAGCUUUUGAUAUUAAAAAAAAUCCAUCCAAGUCUGCCAGAGUCUGCUAAGCCUAAUCUCCGCGCACGUUUUAAAGUCAUAUUCUUAAUUUUACUCAUUCUGACUCACUUUGUUCAAAACUUUUAUAGGAAACUAACUAACCUUAUUUUGUGGCAAGCGCUUGGCACAUAUAAAAGCCGAAAAAAGUCUCUGAUUUUAUGCCACUGUCCUCAGCUCAUUCCAGACAUAAACAUAUUUACAUACACUAAGGGCAGUGGGUCGCAGCUGAAGUUUCAAUUAAUUCGUUUUGUGUUUUUGUUUGAACGAAGAAAAAAAUGUGGUAUUUUUAGUUACGAUGUGAAUUCUGUCAUGUACAUUUAGACUGGAGCUAAUUUUUUUUAUCAGUUAGAAUUCAGAGUAGUUUUAUUGAAAUUAUUUCUCCUUUUGAGGUGGGGGUGUUGUGACACAAUAUUGAACGAGAGAGGAAAUAGUUCUUUUGAUUUUUACUGGGAGUACACCUAUGUGAUGAAGCAAGAUGUCUAUGUGAAAAGGCAUGUUAUGACCACUGUGUGGUAUUUGAUAAAACCUUGAUGUGAGCAGUAUUAGUUGCAAUGCAAAAACCAAUGGUCAUUAAACUAUUAUUGCUUUUUUCCUCUGGAUAUACAUGAAGACAUCCCUACAUCAAGACACAUCCCCUUAAAUGGCCAUAUUUGUUUUCAGCCAAAUUCCUGCCAUACGCAUUCAUACUGUGUGGUUUGAUUUAACACUUGACCUCGAUCAAUUUCAUUGACCGCAAUGGAAGAUCUGAGUUAACUUUGAAUGACUUUGAAUCAAUAAAUUUCCAUUUCGGAGAUGCUAAUAUAUAUCCUCAAAUACAGCUAAUACAUUUUCUAAAAAAAAAACUGCGCUAAUGUUAUGUCAAAACCUUUUACUUUGUGAGAUACUGUGUUCUAUAUCAAAGUGUAAGAGUUUACUCUUGUGUAAAUUAAAAUAACUAGAUAAAUCUUGUUUUCCACCAAAAAUUAUUGCUAGAACCACAAAGUCAAUCAACCUAUGAUGAGCUUCACGGGCUAAACAAAUUUUGGUGAUUCAAAUGUUAUCUGUGAUCAAUUGUCUUAACACUUUUUCUAUACCUCAUCAUGGUCGGUUUAGCUUUUGAUGCCAUUGACGGAAAUAACUGAGGAUUUGUGGUGGGUUUUAUCCCUUGCAAUGUUAUCGGCGUUGUAAGCGUGUUAAGACUUUUAUCGCUCGCUCCUUACACUUAAAACACUCUUCAGGAUUAUACUUAAAACUUUUGUCAUUUAGAUUCCCAUUUAGUAUAAGAAGAUGUAUGUUGUGCCUAGCAUCUGUUUAUUGAGGUUAAAAAAGUUUGUUUAAAAAAGUGGUGUUUGUAAAAAAGUUGCUAAGUUCAGUUUCAAAUGAAGUGUUUCAGGAACACCGGUUAACUUCUUCAUCUUUUUUCCCUUGACUGUCUUAGUAAGGCAACUGAAACUUGUACAAAAAUACUAAGUGGUGACUUUAAGAAUGAGCACUAAGAGCAAUAUACAGAUCUGGCUCUGCAAUUAUACACUUACGAAAACCUAUUAGAACAUCAGACAAUCUGCCUAUGCUGUAUAAAAGAUGUCUGCAAGACAUAAUUACUGAUGUAUAAGGUCAAGAAUGGUCUUGUACUUGAUAAAGUUCCCAUCCUCUUUGUCCAUAAAGAUUCUACACACUGGCUUUGAAGGUGGUUUUUCUGAUACGCAGUAUGGCAAACUCACAAUUAGAUAUCUAGGACCCAUCUUAUGGUUGAUCUACAUAAAAGUAGAAGAUUAAAGAGAAUCUCCUAGCCCCAGGUUAAUACACUUUUUGUUUGGUCUUAUUUUAAAAAUGUGAUAUCGGAAAAUACAGUCCGAGAUUGUAGAUGGUGACUGAUUGUGGACCAGUGAUGCUGCUCACAUCACGUAUUUUUUUCAUAAUGAAGUGAUGUUUCCGUUUAAUCAUGCUCAUUUAUGAUGAACCUGCUUAUCAUGGAGCUAAUUCAACUGUCUAGCUAUUAUAUUUCUGUUCCUGAUUUUCCAGAACUAUUGGCUCUAUAAAAAUAACAGGAGGUUAUACCUUCAGUGUGCAUAUAUUUUGGUCUUGCGGUAUCAAAUCAUGCAGUAUAUACACCAAUUUUUUGUGUCUGAAUUACUUUUGACAAAGUAUUUUGGUGCAGGGCUCAAAGUUUAAAUUAGAGUUUGGGAGCACUUUUGCUACUAGAUGUAAAUUUUUAGGAGCACUGCCGAAAUUUUAGGCGCACAGCUGAAAAUUUUAGGAGCACAGCUUAUAAUGUUGGAAUAUCUAUUUCAAAAGAAAAAGUAAAAAGCUUAACAGUGCCACGUUUAUUUGUCAUCUUCAGUUUGUUACUUUUACUUCAGUCCUGUGAUUGAUAAAACACAGCCGAUUUGCUACGCAGUAAUACUGUUGUGAUUUUUAAAAUUAAUUUCUCUUUUUGACAGUACAGUUGUGACUAAAGAAAACUUACACUUGAAAAACAAUUCAAAACUGACAACAAUGAGUGUGUCGAACGCGAAUUAAAAUUAAUCUUUAAUGAAUUUGUUAAAUGCACAGUUACAUGUAACUGGAAUACGACUUAAAAAACUUUCUUACGUGGAAAAAAAAGGCUCUUAAUACACACUGUUUUUGCUUUGAUUGACGUUAAAACUGAACGUUCGACAUGAUCGUUCAUUGCGCAAAAAACGUGUUUCGUUCGUAGCAUAUAUUUGCAUGUGCCAGCGGUGUUUAUUACAAAACAGAAGAGUCUGGGAUGGAGUAAAACAUCGAAACGAAAAAGAACAUUCGAGUUCGUAGAAUCCAUUGGGGGAAAAGACCAAUUAAACAUACACCGUCUUUCUAGUUUGAGUUCGUUAGUAUACAAGUAGUCGGAAGUAAGUCAGUCGCACUGUGCUUUGGGUUUUAUGGCGCACAGGUGCGAUUACACAUGAAUUUUUAGGCGCACAACCAAAAAUCCAGUCGCAUAUGCGACCAGUUAGUCGCUAACUUUGAGCCCUGUGGUGAUUGCAAUUAUGUCUUUGUGGUAAGUUAUUCCAGUACCCCUCAAAGGAAAUCGCGAUGAUGAGCGGAAUUUUUGUCGAGGGGAGAAGGCAGACAUUGCUAUAUUCUUGCAAGAGACAAGAAUAAGAAAGAUCGUAAAAAGCUUUGAAGAAACAGGGCAAUCACAAGCAGCGAACCUUGAAACAUAGAAAAAAACAAAGUGGAUCGAAAUGCCCCAAUCACAAGUAAACAUGUGUUUCCUAAGAGGUUCGCUAAGAUAAUUGACAAAACAGAGAAACCAAAAAUUCCUUCGAAGGUUCCAAAAGGCGCGGCGCAAUACAACAAAUUUGGCUAUAUUAUAUCUCAGUCAUUAUGUCACAGUUUAUGAUAUUACAAUGAUAUUAAACACUUAAUGUGAGACUGGUCCUGAGGGAAACAGUAAAUGUUGUUUCCUGAGAAUCUGGUGACAGGGGCGGAUCCAGAAUUUUUUUUACGAGGGGGUGCACUCGUCUCUUGCUCUACUUCAACACCAAUAAACCACAUAAUUUUUUUGCAGAAUACUAGUUGUAUUAGAAAACCCGCAGGUCAUCUCGGGGGGGGGGGGGGGGGGGCGCCCCCCCCCCCCCCCCCCCCUAGACCCCCCCCGGGGGGGGGGAAACAUGGGGCCGGGGAAAAAAAAAUUAAUUUUUUCCGGGGGGGGACCGGUCUUUUAAGGGGUGUGUUUUGUAGCGGGAAAUUUUGAAGGUGACAGGGGUUUUUGGUCUUUCUUUUCGGGGGUAACAGCGCACUGUUCCCCGGGAACAUCUAAGAUUUUGCAUUUUUGGGGGGGGGGGGGGGGGGGGUGCGCACCCCCUGCACCCUCCCCCUAGAUCCGCCCCUGGGUGAGGGAAACAUUGAGCACUGGGAAACAAAAUUAACUGUUUCCGAGAGGAGACCAGUCUAUUAAGUGGCUUGUUAUGUAGCUGGAAAUUUUGAAGCUGACAGCGGUUGUUGGUCAUUACUUUCGUGGGUAACAGCGCACUGUUACCCUGUGACAUCAUAGAUUUUGCAAUUUUCCCUGCUCAGAGAUUUUGGCAGGAAACAGUUUCAUUGUUAGAUGUCAUGUGACCUCGAAGUAACCAACGAGACCACGGGCUUUUGGUAAACAAUUUCCAGCUAUAUAACAAAAGAUGAUAAGUUGCUUUUAAUUUCAGCUCUGUGCUUGUAUCCUAUAACAGUGACAGCUGCAAUAUUGAUAUAAUGAUUUAAUUUGGCUUUUUAUAACCAUAUAAUAUGAGUAUCUUUUUCAAAUAUUUUUUUGAAAAAGUUGUUGAAAGAAUUUAAUCAUGAUGCACAUAAUAUUCAAAUGUGGUUCAUAUUCUACAUGACAUGUCAUUUCUCAGAUGUCACAAAAAAUUGCAAUUUUUGUAUUGUUCAUUCCUGCCAAAAAACCACCACCAUAGAUUGAUUUUUCAUGCCAAACUUAGUAAAACUGCAAAGGUUUACAAGGAUUCAUCGCAAACUGACGGAAAAAUGAGCUCCUAAACAGGAAAAAUUUUUACCAGAAAAUGAAAGCGACAUACAUUGUAUGUCAUGUGGGCAAGACUUCCCCCAUGCCAUACUUUUCCUUGAAAAAUCCCCAAGUUGCAGGCCCCAUUAAUCUCUGUAUUAGUUUACAACAAAUCCUUAUGAAAGUUCACAGUUUUACUAAAUUCAACAUAAUAAAUCUAUCAAAAACAUUGGCCAUGACAUCUGCACAAUGUGUAAUGUACGUGUAUGUAAGUGGAACAUGCAUCACUGUACUUGAAUGUUUUUCUCUCAUUCUCUUCUCUCAUAUUGUUUGCAGAUGAGCAUGUUCACCUUCUUUUCAGCAGCAUGCGUAGUGGUACAGAUGAUUGCCACCAUUUUAACUGGCGAUACAGGUGGAUUACUUAAGUCGCUUGUUAUGUGCGAAAAACAGAUCUCAGGUGACAGGUGUAGCUGCUGUUCUUCCAUUACCAUGUGUAGUGUCAGUGCUGACAGAUUUGAGUUUGAAGGUGUUGAUAACUGCAGCAUCUUAACUGGACUGAUCACUGGAUUAAUGUAUGGGCUCUGUGUUUUAAAUAUUUUCGGAAGCUUGCUGUGUUUUGUAGCCACCAUCCUGGGAUGCACAGCAGUGGCUCGUGAAACCAGCAGAAAUCAGGUAGCAGUAUUUAAACCCUUUGAGUCCCCAGAGUGACAAACAUCUAUUAUCUCCUAACAUGAUCAAUACAUCAUUAAGGGUUAAGGUUAUGAGAAUUAAUAAAAUGAUCUCCUAAGGGAAACUGUUUUGAUCCUUUGUCCAAUUCUCCUAAGUAAUUCUUUAGCAAAGUGUAUGGAGAAUUUUUUUGUGGAUAUUGGCCUCUUAUAGCAUUAAGAGUCCUUCUCUAUUUUUUAAAAUGUUUUUCUAUAUUAGGUUUCUUUGAACAAUAGUGUCCAGUUAUUAUCUGACAAUUGGCAAAAAUUGAUUACCCUUAAGAGGAGGAGAAGACGACUGUAUAUUGCCCAUCACGGACAAUCAGCUCAUUAUUAUGACUUGUCUUUAUCUUCCAAAUAGCUCUUUGUGCAUUAGCACACUUAAAGUGCAGGAAAUGUUAGUCUUAUGUUAUCCCAUUGACUCCAAUUAUCCAAAUGGAAAUUCUCAAGAUUGUUCUUUACGUUUCCUUAAGAAUAUUGAAGAAAAUAUGUUUAAAGGUCAAAGCAGUUUCCAUAAGGUGAUCAUUUCAGUGAUUCUCAAAACCUUUUCUUAUGAUGUGUUGAUGAUGUAUUAAUGAUAUUUAUUGAUAAUGAUUGUUAGGAGCUAGAAGAUAAGCCUGUGUAGCAGGUGCUUUGAAGUAAUGGAGGCAUUACUUCCAAGCACCUACUCCACAGUCUAGGAGAAAAUUGAUGUUGGUCACUCCUUGGAGGCAUUAUUAUUUUGUUGCUUAUAUUUUGGGGUUGGGUGUAAGUGGUAAAUUCAUUUUCACUCAUAACAAAACACUACAUUAACAGGCAAAAUACUUUGUAUUAACAGGGUGCAAAGAAAAUCAUUUUUACUGCUUGCCAUUCGGGCAAGCUGAAGCUAGCGUUUACUAGCCCAGACGUCAUUUCAACUAGCCCCAAAAGCUUUUUGACUAGCAGAAUGGAUUUCACAGUUCUUCUGUUAUUCAAAUUCCUCAAAAAACCUCACUUGCCCGUCGGGCAAGUUAAAAACAGAAUUCACUAGCCCGAUAGCAAAAUCCACUAGCCCCGGGCUAUCGGACAGUACUUUCUUUGCACGCUGAUUAAUGUGGCUCAGUGGGUUUUAAUGGUAGUGAUUUUGAAACUCCUUUGAAUGUUAGUAGUGGGAAGAGUUCAUUAUAUCUUCAUUUAUCAUACUUGUACAUUUGUAAUUUAAAAAAUCCUUCUUAAUUUCCCAACUUGUAAUGAGGUGUUCGUUUUUUCUACGUACGGGGUCUUCGGGUGUAGCGCUUGCGAAGAAAGAGAGCCUGAUUUCAUUUUAGGAAGUAGACUACAUACAGACACUGUUUACAGGUAGCCAUUAUGACUCCUGUAGGAGGAUCAUGAGGUUAUCCCUAUAUUAAGAUCUCUCCUUACGGAUAACCCACCCGACCCAGGAAAGGUUGGCCACACCACCAGGGUCUACGUCCCCUACUCGUUUCGAACAGUGGUGUAGGUUCUUUUUCGUCUCACAAGAACCAGAUAAAUGAAAGUGCUGUGAGACGGGACCUACGGUUUUUCGUCGUUAUCCGAGAAGACAAGACAGUCUAACUGUUUUCAGAUGUCAUUACAAAGGCAGAACUUUCUCCUCAGUUAUUUAAAGACCCUUAGUGUUGGUCUGGCCAGGGUUUGAACCCGCGACCUCCUGCUCAGCGGACCGGCGCUGAACUGAGAUAACCACGCAGCGGUUAAAUUCUCACGGGAGAAAUAUUCUUUUUAAUUUAUAGGACCUCUGCAGCCGUCACGGUUCCAGGCGGUCGUACAUCAGCUCUGAAGAUCGCUACACUUGGUCAUCAUACCCGACAGACCUGUCGACGCUGCCUUCAUACGCACCUCCAGUAUAUCACUCAGUAGAAAACAUCCAAGAUUACGGGUUAUCAUCGUGCAUUGUACCACCCCCAGUGUUCGAUCCCACGGAUUUGCCGCCCCCGUACUGCUCGCAGAACCCCUCACUAGCGGAUUCCCAGGGAUCAUUGACUUCGCCCGAGUGCUCCUCUUGUCGAAUAAAGUAUUCUACUGAUCAGGACUUAUCUUUUGUUCACACUAACUUGCCGAGUUCGGUUAGGCAAGUUCAGGACUUGGCUAAAGCUCACACGACUAUUCAGAAUACCAAUACUCAAGGGGUUAACACGAACGUUCAGAAUGCAGUUACUCAAGUUCAGUUUCCUGCUGGUCAGGACCUAAGCGAGCCUUACAUGAGCUUGCAUUCUGCAGUUCACAACGAGCAUUCUACCAUGCAAAUUGAUAACGACAUUUCUACUUGCAGUACCCCUAGUGGAGUUGCUCACCUGGCCGCUGGGAACCCUUCUUCGGAUUCGCGAAGUGUGCGUGUUACUCGAAUUAGCGGACAAUGUUUAACAAGUGGUACAUCUUGUUUGUCAAGCGACCCUAAAAGUGGGUUUUCUUCUGAUAGAGAGCUUUCUUGUGUUGCGAAAACUGACUCGCGUGUCAAUGAGAAUGCUAUCGGUAGAGAUGAGGUUGGUGUUGUAAAUAUUGAAGCUCAGCAUCCGUCGUCUACUCUGACCAGCUCAGAAACUGAAUUUUGUGAACUCGUUCCAGAUGUGUCAGAUUUGCAGCGACACAAUAAUCCUGUUUCUACGAUCUGUUCGCCCCACAGAGGAGUCACAGUUUUGUCGCUCCGAGCACGUUCAAGUUCUCUGGGUGAAAACUCCAUUUACGUGAACUCUUUCGAGGUUUUGCCCCGACCGCCUCCAAAUAUGCGAAUUCCUCCCGACGACCUAGGCGCGCCUAGCAGUGCAGACGAUUUAAACGCGAAGAGCGCUGAACAGCAUUUGACAAAGCGAGCUUCGCGUUCCAAUGACGCUUUGUUAGAACCGCGCGGGAUCGGACGCCGUGAACGUAGGAAAGAGACCACUAGACAUAAGAGGAGGAAGCAUCUCUUUGACAGCCCCAAGCACAAAGAUAAACGCGACGCCAGCGAUAAAUGUAAGGUGAACAAAGGGCAUGAAGACUCUGUAGCUUCAGGCAAGGAAACUAUAGUAUAG